AUAUUUUUGUAACAAUUUUUUUCAGAUUUGAAUAAUUCUUUAUAAUGGGAGGUCGUGGACGUGGACGGGGGGCCGGUAUGAGCCUGAACACUGAGUUUCUUGGUUUAAAUCGAGGAGAUCUUCCUCCUGGUGCAGUAUCCCCUCCUCAGCUCUUCCCUAUUCUAAUAAAUAAACCAACACAUAUUAAAAAGGGUGGGAAGGAGAUAAAACUGCUUCAAUAUCACAGUAACCUGGCACGGCAGUUCCGGGUACACCAGGAUACAGUAUUAGCCAACCUUGACUACAGUCUUCUCCCUGCUGAACUCAGGCCCGGAGUAAAGAAGAGGAUGAAGGGAGCUAGACCCCGAGUAGAAGCGAAGAGAACACGUCCUAACCUGGAAGAGAGGUUACACAACCUUGAGGACAAGGAGAAGAAUGAGAACGAAGACGAGGACGAGGACGAAGAGAAGAAGAAAGAUGAUGAUGAGGAUGAGAAGAAGGAUGAGGAUGAGGACGAGGUGGAGGAGGAGGACGAGGAGAUGGACGGAGGGACGGACUACGCUAAUAACUAUUUCGAGGACGGGGAUGAGGUCGACGAAGAAGACGAUAAUCUGGACGAGGGCGGGAUUUAUUAAAUUUAGUGGCCUUAGACAGGGAUAUAUAUAUAUAUACUACUGGGGGAAAUUUUUUUUCAAAAGAGCAGGAGGUCAGGGGGGGGGGAGAAAACCGAUUUUUCUAGAAAUUAUAGACCCCGGGUCUAAUGAUGAAAAUGCUAAAAGUUUGAUGGUGACGGUUUAAAUAGCAGAUUUUGUUUUUAAAAACGGUUAAUUGUAGUAAUUUGUUUUUAAAAUACCUCCCCCUGUUCUACCUCCUGAGAUGUAUUAUUAAUGGCCGUGGACAAAAUUAAGGAAAUAAGGGUGAAAGAUCCGGUUUCAAAUUGUUCAUUCUAGUUUAAACCGAUCUAUUUGAAAACUGAGAUGUUAAUGUGAUGAUAUGACGCCACUUUUAUUUGUUAGUUGUCUUCCGACCUUUUGCUUGGCUGUGAUAGUAUUUUUUUCAGA